AUGAACGAAGUACAAGAAUUUUUAGAAAAAGCACAUUUAGGCGAGUACUGGCCCGCAUUUGAGAGGGAUGCAUUAACUACCAUAAAUAGGUUAUGUUUGAUAUCAGCUAAAAAGGCAGAGGAAUUAUUGCCUAAGUGGGGUGAUCAAGCUGAAUUUUUUAACAGAAGAAAUGCUUUACAAGCCAGUACUUCUAAGAAUUUAGUUUUUGAUGUAGAGGUUGAUGAAUUUGGAAACUGUAGCAUGCCAUUUGUAGAUGUUAACACAGAUAAUUGUCUUGAUAUUGUGAACACUCCUUUACGCCAAUUAGAUAAUAUAGAAACAUGUAAACAGAGAAAUGAUUACUCUCAGCUCGAAUCAGCAUCUGAUUCAGGAGUAAAUAGUGUGAGUGAUGGUGAAACAGAAAUUUUGUUAGCUAAUCAAAACGGAAAGAAACGACAACUAUCGUCAAAGUUAGAAAAAUCUAAACGCUAUCCUAAAAGACUUGCAUUGUGGUUCACAAGAACGCAAUUUCAAGAGUUGAAUAUUGAGAAAGUAAUAAAGGAACAUUUAAAAGGUGAUGCUGUUCUAAUUUAUUAUAAAAAUAAUGGCAUUUUAAAUGGAGAAGCAAGAGGAAUAUUAAUAGAGAUAUUAGCAAGUUGUAUGAUAAAAAUUAAUAUAAACCCUACUUUUGAAGAAUUUCAAAUCGUGUCCAAAAAAUUAUGCGAAUUAUUUCCAACUGAGACUGAGGCUACAUACGUAUAUGAACCUUUUGCAAAUGGUCCAAAGCAAAAAAAUAUCGGGGGAAAAUUAGCUGAUAAAGUGAGAAAUAUUAAGUCUAUGUUGAGGAGACUUGGUGCACUUAAUCCAGCCAAUUAUCAUAAAUAUUCAAAUUCUACACAGAAUGAAAAUGAUGAAAAUGAGCCCGAUACGAAUACAUCUAAAAUAAAUGAAGAUAAAGUGCAAGCAGCGAUUCGAUGGCUGAAAAUAAGUCGAGAACCUUGGACUGAUGUUUUAAAUAAUUGGGAUCUAACUUAUGAUAUUAGACAAAAAACACUACUAGAUCCGAAAGGCGGAGGAGACAAACCACUUUCGGUGACGGAUUAUUUUUCUGAAUGGGAGGUUUUGUCUUUGCCUCAAGGAUAUACUCUUCUUGAUCGUGACUUUAAGAAGAAAUAUCCUGAUAAGGAUUUAGCGCUUCUUUUGGAGUGGGAAAUAUUUAUUCUCCUUCUCAAACAACUUUUAAAAGCAGAAGUGAAGGAUUCUUAUGGAAAAGCACAACUGAAGAAAUUGGACGAGCUGGAUGAUGCAAAUUCUGUCACUGCUGUUAUUCUUCACUUACUUCCACAUUUAGUUCCACCUCGACAACUACAGAAACUUGAUUCUGGAGAAAAGAUAAAGGCAAAUAUAGCUGAGGCAAGAGAUGCUUUUGUGUUCCAUGUGACAGUGCCAGGAGAUAUAAAUCCAGCUAUCCAACGGAGGCGUGCUGUGGCUUUAAAGCUUAAAACUAGAGUUCAACCUUUUGUUCUUCUUGUUGGGCCUACGGUAGAACAAUACGAGAUUUGUUAUGUGAUAAUUGAUGAAGUCAAAUAUCAAUUUAAUAAUGUGUUGAAAGCCUUCGAUCAAUGUUUCAAAGCAAUACAAGUUUUGAUGACUGAAUAUUCAUAUGAAGCAAGAGGUGUGUGGCUUUUUAUUCAGCAAGCUUUGUAUCGCAUCUCCACGAGGUAUGAUAAAAAGAAUUCUAAUGUCAGUGCGCUUGUCAAAACCUUUGAAGCUCUUCGAACAAAAAUUGCAAAUGAAACUGACAAUGAGCAAACACCUCAUUGAGGUCUUCCGUUUUACUUUAAAUUUAUAAGUCUAAUUGUAAGUCUUUACAGA